AUGAUGCUUGUCGCAGCUCGAGACACGACAACGCUCCUCGAUGCAGACCGCCGCCAGAACGUCCCCGCGCCCCUUUCUACUUCUGUCCACACUUCCACAAUCGCUCAUGAAGGCGGUGAGGACGAUCAUGAACGGGAUGAUGUCCCCGACCCGGACUCAGACCCGGACUUCAACUCGGCAGACGACGUCAAGAGCGACGCGAGCCACGACGAAGAAGACUCCAAGAACCCUGUCCGACUUCUCAGCAACUCCCAGUCGACGCUGGGAUCCCUUUCCACGGACAAUGCUUUUACCGUCGCUUUAGUCGGUGCGUUCCUCCGACAUCUCCCGAACCUGGAGUACUCUUUCAAGCGUCGCAUCGUAGAAGAUCUCGCAGACACCGACCGGUUCGAGAGCUGCCGCAAGUUGAACAUCAUCGACGCCCUCUUCCUACUUGCGCCCUCCUGCCCCAUCCGCACGCUCUACAUCAAGGGCCCGACUUUCAUCGUCAAGGCCAUGUACUCCGUUAUCUGCUGCACCAAACCCGGCGGCCUCGUCGCCGCAAUCGGGAGCCUCCCCGCGCUCCGGGUGCUCGUCGUCGGCGUCUUGUGCUACCUCGUCGCGGACCCCCCAUGCGCGGCCGAGGCGUUCAUGCGCGGGCUCGACCUGGACGCGCUCGCGCGCCGGCUGUGCGUCGCGUGCCCCACGCUGCGGACCGCGGACAGGAUGGGAAAUCCCGGGCACCGGGGUACGGAGGCGGUGGGGGAGGGGCAUUCUGCAGAACCACGCGACGUGGAGCGUGAGGCUGGGGAGGUUUCCAGUGAUGGUGCUAUGUAG